AUGCGGAUUCUCCAGGCUUUCAGUCUUCUGGCCAUUGGCGGAUUGGUCACUAGCCAAAGGGCCGCUCUCAGCAAUUGCCCUUUACUUGGGCCAGCCUACCCUCUUCCAAACCUUCAUAAGUCACAAGUGAUCAAAUACACGCAGGAGUCAUUCGCAAAACUCAUCCAGGAUGCGAUCUCAACCGGUGAAACCGAAUUGGGCAAAAUAAAUACCGCCACUGCCUCGUUUUCAAUCGGUAUAUUCUCGGCAGAUUCGGAUGAGUUCCUCUACGAGUAUCAUCAUCAGGGGACCGAGCUCAAGGGGGCGGUUACCGGGGGCUCAUUGGAUUCGGAUACAUUGUACCGCAUCGGAAGCGUCACGAAACUGUUGACCGUGUACACCAUUCUCGUCAAGCUGGGCACUACGUACUGGAACGAUCCGAUCACCAAGUUUAUCCCGGAGCUUGCUGACGUGCCGGCAAGGCGCCGGGGGCAUCGCGUGCAAUGGUCUGAGGUGACUUUGGGAGGUUUAGCCAGCCACAUGAGUGGUAUCGCGCGCAAUAAUCACUUCGUCGACCUAUCUGGUAUACCUGGUAUCAAGGAUAUGGGACUCCCCUACCUGAACGAUUCCGACAUCGUCAAGUGCGGUCUGCCGGAGAUGCGACCUUGUACUAGAGAGGUGUACAGCAAUGAGGCCUUCCAGCUCAUCGGGUGGGCGUUCGAGAACAUCACAGGCGGUUCCGUAGGAGAUGUCUUCAAGAAUGCUAUUGCAGAGCCUCUGGGGCUGUCUCGAACUUUUUGGGAUCCGCCCAAAGACGACCCAAAUGCCAAUGUUGUUGAUCUCGACCCGUCGGCGAUGAAGUCGUUGAUAGGCUACCCUUUUCAAGAGGGACUGGCCUCAUAUACCCCGACCGGCGGCGUCUAUUCUUCCUUGAGCGAUCUUUCUGCCAUCGGCCGCUCCAUCCUCAACUCGACUAUCCUACCCAAAGCAAUGACCCGCGAAUGGCUCCGACCGGUAACGCACACUCAGCACACCCACAGUGCGGUUGGAAGACCAUGGGAGAUCACCCGGAUGGACGUCGCUGCAACUCCCGGCUCGAAGCACACCCGGCUCGUAGAUCUAUACACCAAGAACGGGGGCAUCGGUGCCUACCUGACCUACCUCAUCCUCUCGCCCGACCAUAAUAUCGGCUUCACCCUCCUGACGGCUUCCAAGACCGCCUACGGUGAUGGCAUCCCCGACUCUACGUUCGACGUCCUCAGUGAGUUGCUCUUGGAAAAGUGGAUACCCGCCGCCGAGGCCGCGGGCCGGGAGGCGGCGGGUGAGGACCUUGCUAGCACUUAUGUGGCCGAAGACGGAUCGGAGUCUCGGGCUGAGGUGACGCUCGUCCCCGGCAGACUCGGUUUGUCGCUCCAAAAACUCGUGCUCAACGGCGCGGACUUCUUUUCGAAGGUCGGCGGGAAACUUGGUUUUCAGGGUGCGGAUCUACAGUUCAUGGGUCUUCAAGACAAUGGUGAGAUUGCGUUCCGUGCCGUAUUUUCGAGUCCUGAUGUGGCGCCUUCAGGCCGGGAGCCCAUUCUGGGGAAGAAGUGCGGGUCGACCUGGGGAGGUGCUGGAUCGCUUACAUACGGUAACAUUGCUAUCGAUGAGGUUCUCUUCACUGUGGGCGAAGACGGAAAGGCAACGAGUAUAAGCUUCCCCGCGUUGCGUGUAGAAUUUGCUAGGGAAUCGGCCAAGACAUCGACCAGAGCGAAAGAGAACAGUGUCUUUGAAGAAUUAUGA